CCCCGCCAUUUGCAUAUCCCUUGUAUUUUAUUGUUUCCUUUGUGUUCUUCCCUAAUCUCUACCUAGGGCUCAAUUCUCUCCCUGGUUAUUAUACGAGCCUCGAAUUUCUCCGAAUUUUACCGUUAAUUUUUAGAUUCUUUCGAAAUUUGAUAUUCGCGAACCCUAAUUUUGGUCCACCAAUGAGCGGUCCAAGCAGUUCGAGUUGGAGUCCGAGUUCGAGUUUGACUCACUAUGGCAUCGGCUUGUCCAAUACGGUGCAGUCGGAGGUCGCUUCUCACUUGCCGUUGCCAUCACUGCCCAUAUUCUGCGGCGCGGCAGAUCCGGAUGAGUUCCGGCUGUUAGAUGAGCUCGGCGAAGGUAGUGGCUACGGGUCCUUGAAUCGCUCCGAGAUUCUCUCGCAGUCCGGUCGAAUCGCCAAUCUGCUACGAGAAACUGACGUCUCGUACUUGAAUCUUAGACAUGAGGCUAAGGCGCUGGCUUGUAAUUCCGUGGAGCCUUGUGAAUUGUAUGACCGAGUUCUGCAGUGCAAUCGUGAUGCAUUUGAGUAUGUUACCCUCGGUCCAACCGGAGAUCCAGGGUUUAACAGCGAGGUGCCUCCAAAGAAGCCUGUUGAGCCAUGUGUUCGUGUCAAAGUUCGGUCACAGACAGAUCCCAUCGCUGCUCAAAGCUUUCGAUCUGAACCUUCGGCAAAUGAAUUACGAACAGAUUAUGUUGUAGAUCAGAGCUUCCCGCCUGAACGUUUGAAAAGUGAACUGCAGAGAGAUAAUUUCGUUCCUCAAAACUCUCGGCCUGAGCUAUUUCCUCCUAAAGAAUCUCCUGCUUCCAGGAAGCCAAAGGGCAGGAAGAAAAGUAAAGAUGAUCCGUCUUCAGUUCAACCGGAUCCCUCCGUGCUUCAAGAGAACAUCGUACAGAGCUUUUGUGAGAUGUUGGAGGUCUUCUGUGGAAAAGCUGAAUCCCCUGAUGAUGAUAGGGAUGAAACGGAGUGGUUAUUAGUGCCUGUGGAUGAUGUUCGUCUUCUUGUAAAUGAACUGACAUUGAUACGCUCAAAGAUGCUUCUGCAUAUGGUUCCUGUUGACACUCUGUCCAGAUUGUUGCGGGCUCUUGAUCAUCAGAUACAUAGAGCCGAAGGCUUGUCCAUUGAUAGUGAGCAUUCGGAUUCAGAGACUGUCUCGUUGGUUCUUGGUGCCCUUGAGUCAAUCCAUGCAUCGCUUGCAGUGAUGGCCAACAAUCACAUGCCGAAACAACUUUACAAAGAGGAGAUUAUUGAAAGAAUUCUGGAGUUUUCUAGGCAUCAGAUGAUGAUUAUUAUGUCAGCUUAUGAUCCUUCAUAUCGUGCUGCAAGUAAACCAGCCGAUAAUGUGGUAUUGGAAGGUGAUGAUGAUGAUGAUCUUGAUCCUGAUAUGGGUUCAGCCAACAAGAAGCGACGCCCAGUUAAAGGUGGCAAAGUGAAGAAGUCAGCAAUGAACAGGAUCUCUGGAGCAGUGAAUAUUAUACUGCAGAAACUCUGCACAAUUCUUGGCUUACUGAAGGAUUUGUUGUUGGUGGAGAGGUUGUCUGACAGUUGCAUUUUACAGCUGUUAAGGACGAGUUUUACAACAUUUUUGGUGGAAAAUAUCCAACUUCUGCAACUUAAGGCGAUUAGCUUGAUUGGUGGAAUAUAUUAUUCAUAUACUCAACAUCGAACUUAUUUGGUGGAGGAAAUAUGUCAAUUGCUCUGGAAAUUGCCUUCCUCGAAACGAGCACUUAGAACAUAUCUCCUUCCUGAUGAAGAGCAGAGGCAGAUUCAAAUGGUCACUGCAUUGCUUGUUCAGUUGGUUCAUAGCAGCACAAACCUUCCUGAAACCCUGAGACAAGCAUCCAGUGGAAAUCCCGUGCUGGAUAUUGCAGUGGAUGCUGGUUAUCUCACAAAAUGUCAUGAAGCUGCCACAGAGACAUGUUGCCUUUUCUGGACACGUAUACUCCAGCGACUCGCUAGUGUGAAGUCUCAUGAUGCUUCUGAGGUAAAAGUGGUAAUCGAGAAUCUUGUUACAGAUCUAUUGACGACACUUAAUCUUCCCGAGUAUCCAUCCGCAUCUCCAAUACUGGAGGUUCUGUGUGUCUUACUGCUACAGAAUGCAGGGUUGAAAUCAAAAGAUGUAUCUGCUCGUUCAAUGGCCAUUGACUUGCUAGGUACAAUUGCUGCGAGAUUGAAGCGUGAUGCUGUUCUCUGCAAUAAAGACAAAUUCUGGAUAUUGGAAGAAUCAAACAGUGAAAAUAGAGCUGACCACGUUCGCUCUAAAGACUGCUCUAUUUGUUCAGGCGAAAGGGAAGGGAACUUAUUGAUUUGCCAAAUUUGUAGAAGACUGUAUCAUGCUGAUUGUAUGGGGUUAAAGGACCUAGAAAUUCCAAGUCAAAAUUGGCAGUGUCCGUUUUGCAUAUGCAAGAGGCAACUUCUAGUAUUGCAAUCCUACUGCAAGUCAGAAACCACAAGUAACAGUAAAUUGGACACAAAUCAUCAAGGAGAACCUGAAGCUCUCGAUAUGAAUACGAAGACAGAAAUAGUGCAACAGAUGCUCUUAAAUUACCUUCAAGAUGCUGGAUCUGCCGAUGAUGUGCAUACUUUUAUUUGCUGGUUUUAUCUUUGCCUGUGGUAUAAAGAUGACCCAAAAUCUCAGCAGAAAUACAAGUUCUACAUUGCUAGAUUGAAAGCAAAGUCAAUAGUCCGUAACUCUGGAGUAACAAUGUCGUUGUUGACAAGAGAAGCUGUUAAGAAGAUUAGUUUAGCUCUCGGACAAAAUAGUUCUUUUUCCAGAGGAUUUGAUAAGAUACUUCACUUGCUCCUGGCGAGUUUGAGGGAGAACUCUCCUGUAAUUAGGGCUAAAGCUUUACGUGCGGUUAGUAUAAUUGUUGAAGCUGAUCCAGAGGUACUCUGUGAUAAGCGUGUUCAGGUCGCUGUUGAGGGAAGGUUUUGCGACUCAGCAAUAUCAGUGAGAGAGGCAGCAUUGGAACUUGUGGGUAGACAUAUUGCAUCACAUCCUGAUGUUGGUUUAAAGUACUUUGAGAAGGUUGCUGAGAGGAUGAAGGAUACUGGUGUGAGUGUUAGGAAAAGAGCUAUCAAGAUAAUACGUGACAUGUGUACUUCAAAUCCCAACUUCUCUGAAUUUACAAGUGCUUGUGCUGAGAUUUUAUCUCGUGUCAGUGAUGAUGAAUCUAGCAUCCAAGAUCUUGUGUGCAAGACGUUUUAUGAAUUUUGGUUUGAGGAACCUCCGGGGCACCAGACUCAGUUUGCUGGAGAUGGUAGCUCUAUUCCAUUGGAAGUGGCAAAGAAAACUGAGCAAAUGGUUGGGUUGUUGAAGAGGAUUCCGAGUUACCAACCUCUUGUAGUUGUCAUCAAACGUAACCUGGCUCUUGAUUUUUUCCCACAAUCAGCUAAGGCUGCUGGGAUCAACCCUGUUGCUCUUGCAUCAGUACGGAGGCGCUGUGAGUUGAUGUGCCAGUGCUUACUGGAGAAGAUAUUACAGGUCGAAGAAGUGAGCCGUGAGGAAGGAGAGGUUCAAGUAUUUCCUUAUGUACUUGUUUUGCAUUCUUUUUGCCUGGUGGAUCCUGGAUUGUGCACUCCGGCGUCAGACUCUGCUAAGUUUGUUAUCACCCUGCAGCCAUAUCUCAAGACUCAGGUUGAUAGCAGGAUAGGUGCACAAUUACUGGAGAGUAUUAUUUUUAUUGUCAAUUCUGUCCUACCCUUGAUACGCAAGUUACCUUCGAGUGUUAUAGAUGAAUUGGAGCAAGAUCUAAAACAUAUGAUCGUUCGACAUUCUUUUCUGAGUGUUGUUCAUGCUUGCAUUAGGUGUCUUUGUUCUGUGAGCAAAGUGGCGAGAAAAGGUGCAAGUGUAGUCGAGCAUCUUCUUCACUUGUUCUUCAAACGGCUGGAGAUCCAAGGGCCUAUAAAUCCACAGCUGGCUGGGCGGUCGCUUUUCUGUCUUGGCUUGCUUAUCAGGCAUGGGAACACGUUAAUGAAUCUUUCUGGUGGGAAGACCUUUGAUGCUGCCAACUGUCUCAAGCUGUUCAAAAUAUAUCUCCGUACGGAGGAUUUUGGUUUGAGAGUCAGAUCCAUGCAGGCGUUGGGUUACUUUCUUAUUGCUAGACCUGAGUAUAUGUUAGACGAAGACAUUGGAAAGAUAAUAGAGUCUUCAUUAUUGUCGGAGGCAAAUGUUCGUCUGAAGAUGCAAGGGUUGCAGAACAUGUACGAGUAUCUUCUCGACGCAGAAAAUCAAUUGGGAUCGGAUAAAGCCAAUGACAGCACAGUUAAACACACCGAGCAAGGUGGUCAGGCUGUUCCCGUGGCUGCCGGUGCAGGUGAUACGAACAUUUGUGGAGGCAUUGUGCAGUUGUAUUGGGAUAAAAUAUUGGGGAGAUGCUUGGACUUUGACGAUCAAGUUCGUCAGACUGCGCUCAAGAUUGUGGAAGUUGUUCUACGGCAGGGUCUUGUUCAUCCUAUUACCUGUGUUCCGUACCUGAUUGCCUUGGAGACAGAUCCUCUGGAAGCAAACCAGAAACUGGCACAUCAUUUACUGAUGAAUAUGAAUGAGAAGUAUCCUGCUUUCUUUGAAAGCCGUUUGGGCGACGGACUUCAGAUGUCAUUCAUCUUCAUGCGAUCCAUGAGCCAUGUCCCUCAGGGAGCUAACCAAAAUCCACAGCAUAAGGGUUGUUCCACAGACAUGAAUGGGAAGUCUGAUAAUAGUAAUUCUCUAACGCAAGCCAGACUUGGAGUGUCUCGGAUCUACAAGCUGAUUCGAGGAAACCGGGUUUCUCGAAACAAGUUUAUGUCUUCAAUUGUCCGCAAGUUUGACAAUCCAACCUGGAGUGACACAGUAGUACCCUUCUUGAUGUAUUGCACUGAAACCCUUGCCCUCCUUCCAUUCACAACGCCUGAUGAGCCUCUUUAUCUUAUAUAUUCCAUAAACCGAGUAGUACAAAUCAGGGGUGGUGCAAUCGAGGAGAAUUUGAAAGCUUUGCUGCGUAAAGAUUCAGCAAAGACACCAAAAGGGAAUGGGACCUUCCACCAAGAAUGUGGUCCAUUUCAGACCAUUCCCGUCCAUAUAAAUGUGAUGGAUUUGAAUGCAGGAAUCCAGGAAGAACAAGUGCAAUGGCAGCCUUCCUUUGGAUAUCCAACGUCAAUCGAUCUCAACGGAGCAGUCUACCAAGAUCCCACUGGUCAGUUCAGUUCAUGUCAGACAUCAAACGAGGAAAGCAAGGUGCAUGUGAUGAGUUCUGCAGAUCCUAGUGAAUUAUCCAACGAUGACCUGCAGAAAAUUCAGGUUGAUUGUCUGGCAGCUACAGCAGUGCAACUCCUUUUGAAGCUCAAGAGAUACCUGAAAGUCACGUAUAGUCUGGAUGAUGCCCGAUGCCAGGCGUUCUCUCCAACGGAACCCUUGAAGGCUGGAGAUGCUCUCUCCAGGCAGAACGUCUCCUUUGACAUCAGUGAAACCCGUACUGACCUUCCAUCAACGUAUCAAGACUUGGUUCACAGAUAUCAGGAGUUCAAGAACGCGAUGAGGGAAGACACGAUCGACUAUACGGUGUACUCUUCAAGCGUCAAAAGAAAACGGCCGACAACACGGCCAACGCCAAGGAAAGGGUCAAGAUCUAAUAGAAAAACGGUGACGUACAAUGAAGGAGAUGAUGAUGAUGACGACGACGAUGAGGACUAUGGAAGAGCGAACGGCUGGAGCGAGGGCGGGACGGCUAGGAGGCUCAGUUACAGCACCAGAACUAGAAGUAAGUAUCAGCAAUAGGGAGGGGAGGUAGGGAGGUUGGUCAGAUUUCAUUUUGUUAUUAAUAUUUUACUGUACAUAAUAAGAACGAAAAGUCCAUUGAAGUUAGGCUACUACCACUCUUAACAUUUUGUACAGUCUGAAACACACACCCCCCAAAAGAAAAUAGAAAAACACGGUUAGGAAACUUUAAAGCCUGAUGAUCAGGCAGGCAACUGGGGGAAAGGGACAUUUUUGGUCCUUUUAUUUUUUAAUCUUUCUUGGGGGGGUACUGUCUCACGCUUGUUAGGAUGGCAUCAGUUUCUAUCUAUGGUUUGAUUCCAUUGUUUUGUU